AUGGAUCAACUGCUGUGGUGGGUGCUGUGGUGGGUGCUGUGGUGGGUGCUGUGGUGGGUGCUGUGGUGGGUGCUGUGGUGGGAGCUGGUGUGGGUGCUGGCGUGGGAGCUGGUGUGGGUGCUGCGGUGGGUGCUGUGGUGGGAGCGGGUGUGGGUGCUGGCGUGGGAGCUGGUGUGGGUGCUGGCGUGGGAGCGGGUGUGGGUGCUGUGGUGGGAGCGGGUGUGGGUGCUGUGGUGGGAGCGGGUGUGGGUGCUGGCGUGGGAGCGGGUGUGGGUGCUGUGGUGGGAGCUGGUGUGGGUGCUGUGGUGGGAGCGGGUGUGGGUGCUGUGGUGGGAGCUGGUGUGGGUGCUGUGGUGGGAGCUGGUGUGGGUGCUGGCGUGGGAGCUGGUGUGGGUGCUGUGGUGGGAGCUGGUGUGGGUGCUGUGGUGGGAGCGGGUGUGGGUGCUGUGGUGGGAGCGGGUGUGGGUGCUGUGGUGGGAGCGGGUGUGGGUGCUGCGGUGGGUGCUGUGGUGGGAGCGGGUGUGGGUGCUGGCGUGGGAGCUGGUGUGGGUGCUGUGGUGGGAGCGGGUGUGGGUGCUGGCGUGGGAGCUGGUGUGGGUGCUGGCGUGGGAGCUGCGGUGGGUGCUGUGGUGGGAGCGGGUGUGGGUGCUGGCGUGGGAGCUGGUGUGGGUGCUGUGGUGGGAGCGGGUGUGGGUGCUGGCGUGGGAGCUGGUGUGGGUGCUGUGGUGGGAGCUGGUGUGGGUGCUGUGGUGGGAGCUGGUGUGGGUGCUGUGGUGGGAGCUGGUGUGGGUGCUGUGGUGGGAGCUGGUGUGGGUGCUGUGGUGGGAGCUGGUGUGGGUGCUGUGGUGGGAGCUGGUGUGGGUGCUGUGGUGGGAGCUGGUGUGGGUGCUGGUGAAGGAGCUGGUGUGGGUGCUGGCGUGGGAGCUGGUGUGGGUGCUGUGGUGGGAGCUGGUGUGGGUGCUGUGGUGGGAGCGGGUGUGGGUGCUGUGGUGGGAGCGGGUGUGGGUGCUGUGGUGGGAGCGGGUGUGGGUGCUGCGGUGGGUGCUGUGGUGGGAGCGGGUGUGGGUGCUGGCGUGGGAGCUGGUGUGGGUGCUGUGGUGGGAGCGGGUGUGGGUGCUGUGGUGGGAGCUGGUGUGGGUGCUGUGGUGGGAGCGGGUGUGGGUGCUGUGGUGGGAGCUGGUGUGGGUGCUGUGGUGGGAGCGGGUGUGGGUGCUGGCGUGGGAGCUGGUGUGGGUGCUGGCGUGGGAGCUGGUGUGGGUGCUGGCGUGGGAGCUGGUGUGGGUGCUGGCGUGGGAGCUGGUGUGGGUGCUGGCGUGGGAGCGGGUGUGGGUGCUGUGGUGGGAGCUGGUGUGGGUGCUGGCGUGGGAGCGGGUGUGGGUGCUGGCGUGGGAGCUGGUGUGGGUGCUGUGGUGGGAGCGGGUGUGGGUGCUGUGGUGGGAGGGGGUGUGGGUGCUGUGGUGGGAGCGGGUGUGGGUGCUGGCGUGGGAGCGGGUGUGGGUGCUGGCGUGGGAGCUGGUGUGGGUGCUGGUGAAGGAGCUGGUGUGGGUGCUGGCGAAGGAGCUGGUGUGGGUGCUGUGGUGGGAGCGGGUGUGGGUGCUGUGGUGGGAGCUGGUGUGGGUGCUGGUGAAGGAGCUGGUGUGGGUGCUGUGGUGGGAGCUGGUGUGGGUGCUGUGGUGGGAGCGGGUGUGGGUGCUGUGGUGGGAGCGGGUGUGGGUGCUGUGGUGGGAGCUGGUGUGGGUGCUGUGGUGGGAGCUGGUGUGGGUGCUGUGGUGGGAGCGGGUGUGGGUGCUGGCGUGGGAGCGGGUGUGGGUGCUGGCGUGGGAGCUGGUGUGGGUGCUGGUGAAGGAGCUGGUGUGGGUGCUGGCGUGGGAGCGGGUGUGGGUGCUGGCGUGGGAGCUGGUGUGGGUGCUGGCGUGGGAGCUGGUGUGGGUGCUGUGGUGGGAGCGGGUGUGGGUGCUGUGGUGGGAGCUGGUGUGGGUGCUGUGGUGGGAGCUGGUGUGGGUGCUGUGGUGGGAGCGGGUGUGGGUGCUGGCGUGGGAGCUGGUGUGGGUGCUGUGGUGGGAGCGGGUGUGGGUGCUGUGGUGGGAGCGGGUGUGGGUGCUGUGGUGGGAGCGGGUGUGGGUGCUGUGGUGGGAGCGGGUGUGGGUGCUGUGGUGGGAGCUGGUGUGGGUGCUGGUGAAGGAGCGGGUGUGGGUGCUGGCGUGGGAGCUGGUGUGGGUGCUGUGGUGGGAGCUGGUGUGGGUGCUGUGGUGGGAGCGGGUGUGGGUGCUGGCGUGGGAGCUGGUGUGGGUGCUGUGGUGGGAGCGGGUGUGGGUGCUGUGGUGGGAGCUGGUGUGGGUGCUGUGGUGGGAGCUGGUGUGGGUGCUGUGGUGGGAGCGGGUGUGGGUGCUGGCGUGGGAGCUGGUGUGGGUGCUGUGGUGGGAGCGGGUGUGGGUGCUGUGGUGGGAGCGGGUGUGGGUGCUGUGGUGGGAGCGGGUGUGGGUGCUGUGGUGGGAGCGGGUGUGGGUGCUGUGGUGGGAGCUGGUGUGGGUGCUGGUGAAGGAGCGGGUGUGGGUGCUGGCGUGGGAGCUGGUGUGGGUGCUGUGGUGGGAGCUGGUGUGGGUGCUGUGGUGGGAGCGGGUGUGGGUGCUGGCGUGGGAGCGGGUGUGGGUGCUGUGGUGGGAGCGGGUGUGGGUGCUGUGGUGGGAGCGGGUGUGGGUGCUGGUGAAGGAGCGGGUGUGGGUGCUGGCGUGGGAGCGGGUGUGGGUGCUGUGGUGGGAGCUGGUGUGGGUGCUGGUGAAGGAGCGGGUGUGGGUGCUGUGGUGGGAGCGGGUGUGGGUGCUGUGGUGGGAGCUGGUGUGGGUGCUGGUGAAGGAGCGGGUGUGGGUGCUGGCGUGGGAGCGGGUGUGGGUGCUGUGGUGGGAGCGGGUGUGGGUGCUGGUGAAGGAGCUGGUGUGGGUGCUGUGGUGGGAGCUGGUGUGGGUGCUGGUGAAGGAGCGGGUGUGGGUGCUGUGGUGGGAGCGGGUGUGGGUGCUGCGGUGGGUGCUGUGGUGGGAGCUGGUGUGGGUGCUGGCGUGGGAGCUGGUGUGGGUGCUGGCGUGGGAGCGGGUGUGGGUGCUGGCGUGGGAGCUGGUGUGGGUGCUGUGGUGGGAGCUGGUGUGGGUGCUGUGGUGGGAGCGGGUGUGGGUGCUGGCGUGGGAGCUGGUGUGGGUGCUGUGGUGGGAGCUGGUGUGGGUGCUGUGGUGGGAGCUGGUGUGGGUGCUGUGGUGGGAGCUGGUGUGGGUGCUGUGGUGGGAGCUGGUGUGGGUGCUGUGGUGGGAGCUGGUGUGGGUGCUGUGGUGGGAGCGGGUGUGGGUGCUGGCGUGGGAGCGGGUGUGGGUGCUGUGGUGGGAGCUGGUGUGGGUGCUGGUGAAGGAGCUGGUGUGGGUGCUGGCGUGGGAGCGGGUGUGGGUGCUGUGGUGGGAGCUGGUGUGGGUGCUGUGGUGGGAGCUGGUGUGGGUGCUGGUGAAGGAGCGGGUGUGGGUGCUGGCGUGGGAGCGGGUGUGGGUGCUGGCGUGGGAGCUGGUGUGGGUGCUGUGGUGGGAGCGGGUGUGGGUGCUGUGGUGGGAGCGGGUGUGGGUGCUGUGGUGGGAGCGGGUGUGGGUGCUGGCGUGGGAGCUGGUGUGGGUGCUGUGGUGGGAGCUGGUGUGGGUGCUGUGGUGGGAGCGGGUGUGGGUGCUGUGGUGGGAGCUGGUGUGGGUGCUGUGGUGGGAGCGGGUGUGGGUGCUGUGGUGGGAGCGGGUGUGGGUGCUGUGGUGGGAGCGGGUGUGGGUGCUGCGGUGGGUGCUGUGGUGGGAGCGGGUGUGGGUGCUGGCGUGGGAGCUGGUGUGGGUGCUGUGGUGGGAGCGGGUGUGGGUGCUGUGGUGGGAGCGGGUGUGGGUGCUGGCGUGGGAGCUGGUGUGGGUGCUGUGGUGGGAGCUGGUGUGGGUGCUGGUGAAGGAGCUGGUGUGGGUGCUGUGGUGGGAGCUGGUGUGGGUGCUGGUGAAGGAGCUGGUGUGGGUGCUGUGGUGGGAGCGGGUGUGGGUGCGUGUGGUGGGAGCUGGUGUGGGUGCUGGCGUGGGAGCUGGUGUGGGUGCUGGCGUGGGAGCUGGUGUGGGUGCUGGCGUGGGAGCUGGUGUGGGUGCUGGCGUGGGAGCGGGUGUGGGUGCUGGCGUGGGAGCUGGUGUGGGUGCUGUGGUGGGAGCGGGUGUGGGUGCUGUGGUGGGAGCUGGUGUGGGUGCUGGCGUGGGAGCGGGUGUGGGUGCUGUGGUGGGAGCGGGUGUGGGUGCUGUGGUGGGAGCUGGUGUGGGUGCUGUGGUGGGAGCGGGUGUGGGUGCUGGUGAAGGAGCUGGUGUGGGUGCUGGCGAAGGAGCUGGUGUGGGUGCUGUGGUGGGAGCGGGUGUGGGUGCUGUGGUGGGAGCUGGUGUGGGUGCUGUGGUGGGAGCUGGUGUGGGUGCUGUGGUGGGGCUGGUGUGGGUGCUGUGGUGGGAGCGGGUGUGGGUGCUGGCGUGGGAGCGGGUGUGGGUGCUGGCGUGGGAGCUGGUGUGGGUGCUGUGGGAGCGGGUGUGGGUGCUGGCGUGGGAGCGGGUGUGGGUGCUGGCGUGGGAGCGGGUGUGGGUGCUGUGGUGGGAGCGGGUGUGGGUGCUGGCGUGGGAGCGGGUGUGGGUGCUGGCGUGGGAGCGGGUGUGGGUGCUGGCGUGGGAGCUGGUGUGGGUGCUGUGGUGGGAGCGGGUGUGGGUGCUGUGGUGGGAGCUGGUGUGGGUGCUGUGGUGGGAGCUGGUGUGGGUGCUGUGGUGGGAGCUGGUGUGGGUGCUGUGGUGGGAGCGGGUGUGGGUGCUGUGGUGGGAGCGGGUGUGGGUGCUGGCGUGGGAGCGGGUGUGGGUGCUGUGGUGGGAGCGGGUGUGGGUGCUGUGGUGGGAGCUGGUGUGGGUGCUGUGGUGGGAGCUGGUGUGGGUGCUGUGGUGGGAGCUGGUGUGGGUGCUGUGGUGGGAGCGGGUGUGGGUGCUGGCGUGGGAGCGGGUGUGGGUGCUGUGGUGGGAGCGGGUGUGGGUGCUGUGGUGGGAGCUGGUGUGGGUGCUGGCGUGGGAGCUGGUGUGGGUGCUGUGGUGGGAGCUGGUGUGGGUGCUGUGGUGGGAGCUGGUGUGGGUGCUGGCGUGGGAGCUGGUGUGGGUGCUGUGGUGGGAGCGGGGUGUGGGUGCUGUGGUGGGAGCUGGUGUGGGUGCUGUGGUGGGAGCGGGUGUGGGUGCUGUGGUGGGAGCGGGUGUGGGUGCUGGCGUGGGAGCGGGUGUGGGUGCUGUGGUGGGAGCGGGUGUGGGUGCUGGCGUGGGAGCUGGUGUGGGUGCUGUGGUGGGAGCUGGUGUGGGUGCUGUGGUGGGAGCGGGUGUGGGUGCUGUGGUGGGAGCUGGUCGGGUGUGGGUGCUGGCGUGGGAGCUGGUGUGGGUGCUGUGGUGGGAGCGGGUGUGGGUGCUGUGGUGGGAGCGGGUGUGGGUGCUGUGGUGGGAGCGGGUGUGGGUGCUGUGGUGGGAGCGGGUGUGGGUGCUGGCGUGGGAGCUGGUGUGGGUGCUGUGGUGGGAGCGGGUGUGGGUGCUGUGGUGGGAGCGGGUGUGGGUGCUGGCGUGGGAGCUGGUGUGGGUGCUGGCGUGGGAGCUGGUGUGGGUGCUGUGGUGGGAGCGGGUGUGGGUGCUGUGGUGGGAGCUGGUGUGGGUGCUGUGGUGGGAGCGGGUGUGGGUGCUGGCGUGGGAGCGGGUGUGGGUGCUGGCGUGGGAGCGGGUGUGGGUGCUGGCGUGGGAGCUGGUGUGGGUGCUGUGGUGGGAGCUGGUGUGGGUGCUGGCGUGGGAGCUGGUGUGGGUGCUGUGGUGGGAGCGGGUGUGGGUGCUGGUGAAGGAGCGGGUGUGGGUGCUGUGGUGGGAGCUGGUGUGGGUGCUGGUGAAGGAGCGGGUGUGGGUGCUGGCGUGGGAGCUGGUGUGGGUGCUGUGGUGGGAGCUGGUGUGGGUGCUGGUGAAGGAGCGGGUGUGGGUGCUGUGGUGGGAGCGGGUGUGGGUGCUGUGGUGGGAGCGGGUGUGGGUGCUGGCGUGGGAGCGGGUGUGGGUGCUGUGGUGGGAGCGGGUGUGGGUGCUGUGGUGGGAGCGGGUGUGGGUGCUGCGGUGGGUGCUGUGGAUAAUAUGCUCUUCGGUCUUCUUCCAAUUCACGUAUUAA